AUGGGCGUCUCCGCUGCCCCGCGGCCCUCCGCCACCUCGAAGACCCCGCAGAAGCAGCAGCUAGAAGCCGUGGGCGCCUGCCAAUAUGUGCUCACUUUGCUGUUCAUGGGCUCUUUCUUCUCCCUUCUUGUUUUCUUCCUCCUCUUCACGUCCCUCUGGUCCUUCUCUGUUUUGUACUUGGUGUGGCUCUAUGUGGACUGGGACACGCCCGAGCGAGGGGGAAGGCGUUCGGCGUGGGUCAGGAACUGGGCGGUCUGGAAACACCUCCGCGACUACUACCCCAUCGAGCUGGUGAAAACAGCCGAGCUACCCCCUGACCGGAACUACGUGCUGGGCGCUCACCCACACGGGGUCAUGAGCACCGGAAUCUUCUGUAAUUUCGGCACCGAGAGCAACGGCUUCUCCCAAAAAUUCCCUGGGCUUCGGCCGUCCAUAGCCGUGCUGGCUGGCCUCUUCCACAUCCCAGUCUAUCGAGACUACGUCAUGUCCAGUGGAGCGUGUCCCGUGAGCCGCCGGAGCCUGGACUUCAUCCUGUCCCAGCCCCGGCUGGGGCAGGCCGUGGUCAUCGUGGUGGGGGGUGCCCAGGAGGCCUUGUAUUCGGUCCCAGGGGAGCACUGCCUCACGCUCCGGAGACGAAAAGGCUUCGUGCGCCUGGCCCUGAGGCAUGGGGCCUCCCUGGUGCCUACAUACUCCUUUGGGGAGAACGACAUCUUCAGGUACAAGGCUUUUGCCGCAGGCUCCUGGCAGCACCGGUGCCAGACCGCCUUCAAGAAGCUCACGGGCUUCUCUCCUUGCAUCUUCUGGGGCCGCGGUCUCUUCUCGGCUGCCUCCUGGGGCCUGCUACCCUUCGCCGUGCCCAUCACCACCGUGGUGGGCCGCCCCAUCCCCGUGCCCCAGUGCCUCCGCCCCACCGAGGAAGAAGUGGACCGCUAUCACUCGCUCUACGUGAAGGCUCUGGAGCAGCUGUUCGAGGAGCACAAGGAGAGCUGUGGUGUUCCCGCCUCGACGCACCUCACCUUCCUCUAG